CGUCCCGCUGGAUGCUUUCCGCCUGCGCGUGCCGGCCGACGGCGGCGCGCGGCUGCAGGAGCGGAUGGCGCACUACCGGCUGCAGUGGAGCGCCAAGAAGGUCUUGGAGGUCCUGGACAGGUGGCGGGCCGCAGGCGGCGAGUCGCCUUUGUAA